AUGUCGGACGAGCUGAGGCCUGUACCUUCGGCCCACUCUAUCGCAGAUGGUUUCUCUCCGCUCCGCGAGGUUGCCUUCAUCAUCAUUGUUUGCAUGUCGCAGUUCAUCACGCAGGCAAACAUAGGUGUGUGCGUGGCGACACUCGAUAUAGUUGGGGACAGCUUCCAAAUCACUGAACCAGGUGUUCUGUCCUGGUUUAUUGCUGGCUAUUCGUUGACCGUGGGUACUUUCAUCUUGGUUUUUGGCCGCUUUGGCGAUGUCUUCGGCUACCACCGAAUGUUCCUGGUUGGUUACAUCUGGCUUGCAAUCUGGUCCCUAGUUGCAGGUCUCAGCGUUUAUUGCAACCAUGUACUAUUCAUUUUUGCCCGAGUCCUGCAGGGCCUGGGCCCAGCCAUGCUGCUCCCCAACGGUCUGGCUGUGCUGGGGGCAACCUACGCACCCGGAAAGAAAAAGAACAUGAUCUUCGCUAUCUUCGGCGCAACUGCCCCCAAUGGUGCAAUCCUGGGCGCAGUAUUCUCGUCACUCUUUUCCCAGCUAGCCUGGUGGCCAUGGACAUACUGGACCAUGGCGAUUGUCUCCGUGGUGUGUGCGCUUUUGGGCAGCAUAGUAAUCGCACCCGUCCAGCAUUCGGAUUUCAAGCAGUACACCUUCCUCCAACUCCUCAAGACCUUAGACGUGUUCGCAUCAUCCCUGGGAAUCGCGGGACUGGUCUUGAUCAAUGUUGCCUGGAACCAAGCCCCCAUUGUUGGCUGGAGCACGCCGUACGUGUACGUACUUCUCAUCAUCGGAAUUCUGCUUCUCGCCGCCUUCUUCGUCGCGGAGCUUCACUACUCAGAGAACCCACUCGUCCCCAUGAGAGCGUUCACGUCAGAUGUCUUAUACGUCCUGGGCUGCAUCGCCUGCGGCUGGGGUUCUUUUGGUAUAUGGGUCUACUACUUCUGGAGAUUCCAAGCACAGUUCCGCGGUGUAUCCCCCCUACUUGGAUCGGCAGAGUUCACUCCUCCUGGCAUUGUGGGAUGCCUAGCCUGUUUCACCACAGGGUAUCUGAUGAGUCGAGUCCGCCCCGGAUGGAUCAUGCUCGCAUCUAUGACCUGUUUCACAGUGGGAAAUAUUUUCUUGGCCAUUGCGCCCGUGCACCAAACCUACUGGGCUCUCACCUUUGUUUGUCUCUUGGUUAUCCCGUGGGGAAUGGAUAUGUCAUUUCCAGCGGCCACGUUGAUGCUCUCUAACGCGUCGAGCAGAGAGCACCAGGGUGUUGCUGCGUCGCUUGUCACCACGGUCGUGAAUUAUAGUAUCUCGCUCAGUCUGGGCUUUGCUGGAACAGUUGAAGUACACGUUAUUAAUGGAGGGCAGACGCCUAGUGAUGUGUUGAAGGGUUACCGUGGUUGUAUGUAUCUGGCCAUUGGACUGGGUAGUCUUGGUAUGGCGCUUAGUGCGUUGUAUACGUUCCGGAGCAGGGUAUCUACGUCCAAAAGGGUCUAG